AGAUUUCAGAAAUGUAUCAUGUGGUCGGGGAUUCUGUUUUUGUUUUUAUAUUAUUAUUUAUUAUUAUUUUUUAAAAGUGCCAAUUUGUCGCCACCUGGUGGCUGAAUUAUUUAAAGCAAGCGAUUUCGCGUUACCGUAACUCCCUUAUUAUAAGCACAGUGUUACUGUUAUUCACCUCGACUAAUAACCUGCUCAUUGUAAACCGGUUAGAAAAUCUCACACUCUGAAUAUACGAAUAAGUUACGAUUAAUCACAUAAAAUCAGUCCUAAUCGUAAAAUCAGGACGGUUGUAAUUCAUUUCAGUCUAUCACGGCGUGUCGAAUCGGCAAUUCCGAAACGCAGGGGUGAUUUGUUUCAUUUUUUUUUCUUCUCCCAUGGAUAAAAAUAUGGCGGAAUACUGGGCAGAGGGAUAAAGGGGAGGGGAGAGAAGGGGAUGGUGGACAUUAGAGCUACAAAAGAACACAAUUUGGCUUUAUAAACGCUCGUACGCGUUAAUAACAGCGCCGUCGUUUUGCUUUCGAGCUCUAAAUCAGGACACUUCCAUACCAAAAACCAGCCGAAAUAAACACCGCGACAACCACCGGUAGCCAUGGCUACGUUCCAAACCGCAUACUACCGUACUAAACAGUAUGGAGCAAAUCAAACGCCUUUAUAGCUGACGCACUAGUUUAGCAUACUACUUAGUAGGUUAGGAUGCGGUUUGGGUUUCGGCCGUGGCUUUUAUUUGAGUCAGAGCUUCACUACAGACGCGGGGGGACAAAAUUGGGCGCAAAACAAAACAAAACAAAACAAGCUUAGAACCGGAGACCUGGCAAAUAAAAGCGACGAGUCUGGUGAAAUGGGUUCCGAGCCGCCGUCGUCUCCUCAGCUGGUGGACGAAGGAGUGGACGAGGAUGACGAAGAGCUGAGCGGAGGAGAGGAGGUCGAGCUCCGAGUGUCGUCCGGGCGAGGAUCGGUGCUGACACGGAGAGGAAUCACGCUACGCGUGCUGCUUAAGGACGGCCUGGUGGAGCCGGGAGACGCCGUGCUGUCCAUACACUACCUGGGGAAGAACUUUGUGGGUGACCUGCUGACCGAUGGGAAGAUCCGCUGGGUGGAAACCGGGCAGGUCUUUAACUCCCCGAGCGCCUGGGCCACACACUGCAAGCGCCUGGUGAAUCCUGCCAAGAAGUCGGGCUGCGGUUGGGCGUCGGUGCGCUACCGCGGGCAGAAACUGGCCCAGUACAAAACCAGCUGGCUGCGUAAAUACCAGCCCAGUGCUGACAUGAGCCUGGCCAGCGAGGGAGAGGACGAUGAGAUGCUAGACGACGAAGAAGACGAGGGGAAGACGACUAUUCCAGACGAAAGAAACAGGAAGUCCAGACCAGAGCUCCACGAUGUCAGUGUGGUGCACAGGAGAGGAGACAGAGAGAGAAUCCCCGUCAGAUACUGCACACUGGGAACCAGAGACAUCGCCAGAGAUCCUCACACACUGGUGGAGCUGUCGGCUUUCUCCGCCAUCAACCGCUUCCAGCCGUUUAACGUCGCCGUCUCCAGCAACGUCCUGCUGCUCAUGUUUCUCUAUUUAGUAUCCAUACACAAUGAAUCGUUCAUCUUGACCUUCCUACUCCUUAUACAAGUGCACCACAUCAUCAGUAAUGCAGUGAAAGUCUUUAUGGCGGACUUUCACUGUCACUUGACUACGAGCGAGGUGGUGGGCUACCUCGGAGGCCGAUGGGACACUACGACACAGCUGCUGACGGUCUUGCGAGCGUUCCCGUGUCGCACGCGAUUGGCUGACAGGGAUGCCGCACCUGCCGUGGAGGAAGAGAUUUGUCAGAACCUGUUCAUGAGAGGGCUCUCAUUGGUGGGCUGGUACCACAGUCACCCUCGAGGCCCCGCGCUCCCGUCGCUGCAGGACAUCGAUUCGCAGAUGGACCACCAGCUCCGCCUCCAGGGCAGCAGCAACGGCUUCCAGCCCUGCCUGGGCAUCAUCUGUGGACCUUAUUACCAUGGCAACCAAGGUGUGGCGUCGACCAUCACUCCGUUCUGGGUGGUUCCUCCUCCAGAACAAAGGCCGAAUGAUUACGGUAUCCCAGUGGCAGUGGAAGUCACGUACGUGCAAGACAACUUCCUCACUACAGACGUCCUCAAUGAAAUGAUGAUGCUGGUGGAGUUUUAUCGAGCAGCUCCAGACCUGGUCAAUUUUAAUCAGAUGUGGUGUUCUGACACAUCAAUACUGGAGAAAAUGAAGAACGAGACCAUUUUAACGUGAACCAGUUGAAAAACCCAGUGGUUUAACGUAAGUGAGAACAGGAACUCGCUUGUUUCACGGACGCCUGUGGUAUAACCUGCGGAGUAACACGCCUUGUGGUAAAAGUAACUCCACUUUCACACCGCUGAUUAUUUUCCUGUAAACGCACAGCCCCGAGAGUUUUAUUCCUUACGUGUAACCACGUACCCAGACGUGUCGUCUUACUGUCUGUACACGUUCUCUUUCUCAGGCGUCCCUGAGUGGCCACGCCCCCAAAGACCAGGCCUACUCUCAAAUCCUGGAGCACGUCUACAACCAGCUGCGCAACAUGCAGUGAUGGAAACAUCGUCUCUGUCUUCUCACUGUGGAUCUGUGUGUGGGAUCAAAGAACAUCCCACUUUGAUCUGAUACACACACACACACACGCACACACACACACACACGCGCGCGCACCGACGCACUGAGGAACUGAGUGCUUCUGCAUCAUCAUGGCUGGCUCCUUCAUUACAGACAUGAAUAUGUCUUCCAUUUCUGUAGACAGAAUAGUGUGAAUAGGUUAGAAUAGGAAAAAAAAAGUGUGUUCUUUCAUAUUUAUCCAGAUAGCACAUACACACACACACACACACACACACACACACACACACACACACACACAGCCAGCAUGCACAGUUUACAUCUCAACGAUGUCACACGCAGCUAGUUUACUCAUUGGGAAAAUGCAGCAUCAUACCGUUUUGGUCAGUUGUUAACUUCUGCGCUUAAUAUACCUCAUUUUAUGGCUCAAGCUCCGUUUCCCGGUUCAAUCCUGCGUGGACUUUCACACGGCCUCCCCGUGUCAGCGUGGGUUUCCUCCGGGUUCUCCGGUUUCCUCCCGCUCCCAAAAAAAAAGAACAACAGGUGGAUUUCCGACUCUAAAUUGCAACUAGAUGUGAACGAGCGCGGGAAUAUAUCCGUGUGCAUGGUGCUCUGAUGUACUGGGGUCCCAUUCGGGGUGUAUUCCUGCUUCGUACACACUCCGGCUCACCAGGAUAAUAACAUAGGAAGGGGAGAGAGAUUUAAUAAAAUCCUCACGUGCAUUACACUCAACAUGCCUGAAUAUCUUCAGGAUCGUUGAGAAGUAAACCGCACCCUGCGCUGGAAAAGAAGACCUACUGAAUAUGCUAAAUAUACACUGGAACCUGUGGAGUUACCCGUCUGUCCGAUUUCCUUUCUAAACAACGGGAGCGACGGGAAUUCAGGCUCAUUUAACUCGCCGAUAAGAGUCGACUCUUUCGGCUCCCGAGUUUGUUCUAAACCCAGACGGACACGAGAACCUUAUUUUUCGAGUAAACUGUAACGCGGAAGACGCAAGUCACGCGUCUCAGUGCUGUGUCUUUUUCAAACGAAGGAAAACGACAUCGAAGCGAAUCAGUCCUGAACGUUCACCCAGAAGAGUCGAGUCAAAAACGGCACACUAAUUAGAACUCCGAGAGAGAGAAACGUUUCUAAAUAAUAAACACUAGAAGAGGGCAUGUGACGAUAAAGAAAUCUCCGGAUCCAUUCACACAUCGUCAUCGACUUUUGUGCAGCACCACUAGUCCUCCUGUUACCGUGGAAGAGUAACAGAGUCCAGACGUAAAAUCAGAAACAAAGGAGACGGCAAUUAUCGUAUUUAUGAGAGCGUGUGUAGAAAAAUGGCCUCCUGUACCCUGUUAAAAAUAAAAGUACCAAACUACUUUUCCUUUUGUACUUCUCGUGUGUAUCUUUUACCUGGGAAGGUGCAUGUGGUGUACUUUUUAAUUAGCUGUUAAGAGAAAAGCUUUAAAGAUGGA